AGCCAGUUUAAAUAUUUGAAUCGGAAAGAGGCAGAUCUCCCAGAUCAUAAAUUGGGCGACCCUCGACCGCACUUACACUGUUCGUGCUUGUUUUUGUUUUUCAAUCCAGUGCAGACAAAAGACAAUUGGGAAUCCUCCGCUGGGAGAAUGAAAGCGGUUUACCAGUUGUGGUGGCUCCUGGCUUGGGGAGGUUUCCAGCAUGUUUUAUCACAAGACUACGAAGAACGAGGCGACGGAAAUUUGGUCAGAAGGCAAAAAACUAAAUAUCUCUCAGUUCCUCCACCAGGCGAAAACGACCAAGAGGAGGACUGCAGCUUGGAGAUCGCGUUCCUGUUGGACAGUUCUGAGAGCGCCAAGGACUACAACCACAACCGGGAGAAGAGCUUCGUGCUGGACUUUGUGGACCGGCUGCAGCAGCUGCGGGUGUCGAGUGGCCGCCGGUUGGUGCCCCGAGUGGCGCUGCUGCAGUACUCCAGCACCGUGCUCAUCGAGCACACUUUCCGCGACUGGGGAGGCGCGGCGGCCUUCAGGGCCCGGGUCGCGCCCAUCAGCUACAUCGGGCACGGCACCUACACCACCUACGCCAUCACCAACCUCACCCAGCUCUACCUCAACGAAGCAGUGGCGGGCAGCGUCAGGGUGGCAGUGCUCAUGACCGACGGCGCUGACCACCCCAGGAACCCCGACAUCUACGCGGCCACGGCUGAGGCCAAGAACCAGGGUAUCAAGUUCUUCACGAUGGGCAUGUCGCCUGUGGCCACCGAGCCCCCCAACGCGGCCAAGCUCCGGCUGUUGGCCAGCCCGCCCGCUUCCCGCUUCGUGCACAAUCUGCAGGACCACGGCGUCCUUGGGAAACUCCUCUUGGAAGUGGGAGAACUAAUUGAUGAAGGGUGCCCUAAAACACCAAAAUGCUUCUGUGAAAAAGGAGAAAGAGGUCCACCUGGUGCUGGUGGGAAGAAAGGACGUCCUGGUGAGGAUGGUGCUCCAGGUCCAAAAGGAAAUAAGGGCGAAGCAGGUCUCAGUGGAAUUCCCGGACGGAAUGGAGUGGAGGGUAGAGCUGGUUACAAGGGUGAACAGGGUGAAAGAGGGGAAUGUGGCCUUCCAGGAACCAAAGGUGACAGAGGUGCAGAAGGUCCACCUGGUCCCAAGGGACUGAGAGGAGCUCAGGGUUAUCCUGGACCUUCUGGAGGACAAGGGCCUGAAGGUGUUCAAGGACAAAAGGGCGAACGGGGACUUCUUGGACUACCUGGCUUAGGUGGUGAAACUGGAAUUGGUCUUCCUGGCCCAAAGGGUGAGAUUGGCUUUCCCGGAAGAUCUGGGCCUGUUGGCCCACCAGGGAUUGGUGAACCUGGAUUGUCAGGUCCUCCAGGACCUCAAGGUCUUCAGGGAGAUCGUGGUUUACCUGGAGAAGGUUGGCCAGGAUUAAAGGGUGAUCGUGGUUAUGAAGGACCAAAGGGGCCUCGUGGAGCUCCAGGCGUUGGUGCAAAGGGCGCAAAGGGUGAAAUAAAUUUUCCAGGAUUACCUGGCCCUAUUGGUCUAACUGGGGUUGGACUGCAAGGCGAAAAGGGUGUGCAAGGCCCACGAGGACCACUUGGCCCAAGAGGAUCUCCAGGUGAAGGUUUGCCAGGAUCAAAGGGUGAUCAAGGUUUGCCAGGAGAAGUUGGGGCUCCAGGAGAAAGAGGAAUUGGAGAGCCAGGACCAAAAGGUGAACCUGGCUCCUCAGGAUUGGCAGGUCUCCCUGGUCUUCCGGGAGAAGAUGGCGCACCAGGACAAAAGGGAGAAGCAGGAUUGCCAGGAUCUCGAGGGGCUGAAGGAGCCCCAGGCAUAGGAAUUCAAGGAGAGAAGGGAGAUGUAGGCCAGACUGGACUGCGAGGUUUGGUUGGUCCGCCUGGAAUAACAGGGCCAUCAGGACCAAAGGGUGAACCAGGUGCUGCAGGGCGCCUAGGGAUGCCAGGCCUUCCAGGACGUGGUAUUAUGGGAUUAAAGGGUAAUCCAGGUCCCCCUGGUCUUGUUGGUCUGGUAGGAGAAACUGGAAUUGGAAUCCCUGGCCCUAAGGGUGAUCGUGGUCAUCCAGGACCAUCUGGUCCAAUUGGAUCAAAAGGAGAUGGUUUUCCAGGUCCCCCUGGUUUACCAGGCAUUCCAGGACCUCUGGGUGAUCAGGGACCUGUGGGAAUUGGAUUCCCAGGACCAAAGGGAGAUCCAGGAUUCAGAGGACCAAGUGGUGUGGCUGGACCUCCAGGAGAAGGACUUCCAGGUCAGAAGGGAAUAGCAGGGAGACUAGGACCUCCUGGGCCACAAGGUCCACCAGGAGAAGGCAUUCAAGGACCCAAGGGAGAUCAAGGUUUUCAAGGAUUGAUGGGACCUCGUGGACCACCGGGAGAAGGGCUUUUGGGACCCAAGGGUGACCGCGGCGUGACAGGUGAACGAGGUCAGAAGGGACGUAACGGAGAUUUGGGUGAUGCUGGUUCUGCUGGGACAACUGGAAGACCGGGAGCAAAGGGUGAUCCUGGCUUAACAAGAGAGGACAUCAUCAGAAUGAUAAAGGAGAUCUGUGGCUGUGGAAUUAAAUGUAAAGAAAGACCAAUGGAACUUGUCUUUGUGAUUGAUAGUUCAGAAAGUGUGGGGCCAGAUAACUUUGAAAUUAUAAAAGAUUUUGUCACUGCGUUGGUCGACAAAGUAACAGUUGGCAGGAAUGCCACUCGAAUUGGUCUUGUUCUCUACAGCUUGGAGGUACGACUAGAGUUUGGUCUAAGUCGAUAUUUGACACAGCAAGAUGUCAAGCAGGCAAUUAGGAAAAUGCUGUACAUUGGAGAAGGCACUUACACAGGAACAGCUAUCCGCAAAGCAACUCAGGAAGCAUUCUAUGGGGCUCGACCUGGCGUGAAGAAAGUUGCUAUAGUCUUAACAGAUGGGCAGGCAGACAGAAGAGACACUGUCAAAUUGGAUGUUGCUGUUCGCGAGGCUCAUGCUGCAAACAUUGAGAUGUUUGCAAUUGGCAUAGUAAAUACCACUGACCCAACCCAGGCUGAAUUCUUGCGUGAACUAAACCUAAUUGCCUCGGAUCCUGACACUGAGCACAUGUACCUCAUUGAUGAUUUCAAUACUCUUCCAGCUCUGGAGUUGAAAUUGGUCAGACAGUUCUGUGAAGAUGAAAAUGGUGCAUUAAUUUACAACCAAAUUAGAAAUGGUGCAAUAACAAACAGAAACAUGUUAUAUUCAAUAGUGUCAAGUUUGACACACACUAGGAACCAAAUUGGAGCAAGCACAACAAAACCUAGACAAACAAUUGUAUCCAGAGAGAAUAAAGUAAAUGCACCAGUGAACCCUAUUCAAUUUGGAUCUGUCUCUGUUGCAAAACCUCCCAAGAUCAAUGAGCAGGUGAAUCAACCCCCAGAAGUACCUGAUGAUGAUUAUAAUGCAGAAAAGAAUCUGAAACUUGUAACUCCUUCAUUUAGUUCAAAGGGCAGUAACGUUCUAUCAGUCAACAAAAGUUUUCCAAGUAUACGAGCACAAUCUGCUAAGGUUGCAAAAGAAUUUGCAGUGUCAACCUCCCCACCAAAAAAAUUCCAGUUGCAGAUCCUCUCUGUCAACUCCAUUUAGACCAAGGGACUUGUCGUGAUUAUAUAAUUAAGUGGUAUUAUGACAAGCAGGCCAAUGCUUGCGCACAGUUUUGGUACGGAGGCUGCGGUGGAAAUGCUAAUCGUUUUGACACUGAAGCCAAAUGCAGAAAAACCUGUGUAGUUUCUGGUAAUGACUCCUGAUGUAGCUCCAAGGAAAUUGUAUUUCAGCAAAUCACUGAGAACAGGAAGAAGACUGAAAACUACUUUUAUGCAUUCCGUAUAGUGAAAAAUGGAUUUUGAUAUUUGAGAACCACAUAAAUUCAAUUUGUAUAAAAAUGUUAAUACAGAUGAUUAUGUUUUUGUUAACUUUUUGAUAUAAACACAGUUCUCAGGGGAUAAAGACAAAAACAUAAAUUUUAUUGCAUCAAAAAAUCAAGACAAUUUAGAACAGAUAAUGGUGUUUGCAUUUCAGUUGGUAUUUUCUAUUUCAAUGUGAACAUAAAGUAGGAAAGAAAGAACAUUUCAGUUGGUCGGUCGGUGCACCUGGGAGAAUGGAGUUUUGCGCAAGAACUAUAUUUUAAUAUGCAACUUCUUUGUUUAUGCUGAAGCUUAUGAAAUGAUAUGGAUGAUGAAGUUUAAAAUAGUAAUUCUUGUGUUAUGGCUCAGUGGGUACUGUAAUCACUGGACUCACAAGUGGAGCUAGUAGGAUAAGGUGGGUUAAUCACCUAGGCAUGUCCCAAUCAAUAAUUGUCUACAAUUCCAUGUGUCUCCUAUAAAGUUAGUACUGCUUGGUCUAGAAACGUUUUAACAAACAAAUGGAGUUUUGCUUCAUUGAUGUGUUAAGCCACUGAAGACUUUUUUUACAAACACAUAACAUCCACAUUGCAGUUUUCAUUAGCAGCUUCAAAGUUUUCUCAGGUGAUGUGAUAAAAUAUGUUACAAAUAUUUAUGUUUUACAGUACUAAACAUGUGACAAAUGAAUUUACAUUUAUUAAAAUCUCAGAGGUAUCCUGUAUUUUAUAAAGAUUUCAUUGCAUAUCA